CAUUUGGUGCAGGAUCUGCCCCCGAAAGUAUGUCUGCAGCAGCAUUUGGUACAGGAUUUGUCUCCGAAAGUAAGCCUGCAGCAGCAUUUGGUACAGGAUCUGCCUACGAAAGUAGGCCUGCAGCAGCAUUUGGUACAGGAUUUGCUUCCGAAAGUAAGCCUGCAGCAGCAUUUGGUACAAAAUUUUCCUCCGCAAGUAAGCCUGGAUCAUUAUUUGAUGGUAUAUUUUCCUCCGAAAUGAAGCCUGCAAGUUUCCCGUCAGCCUCUACAUCUGCGAGUACCAUCGGAAGCAAAUCUUGUACACCUCCGUUUGGAGUUCCACCUCCGUUUGGAGUUGCAUCCGGAAUUAUGCCAUCAACACCGGCAUCUGAGGUUUCCUCUAAGAAGAUGCCUUUUGCAGCUACUUCCAGGAGUGUGCAUAGUGAUCCGGCCGCUUCUAACCCCGAGUGUGCUAUAGAUAGUGCCGGAGUGGAGUCGCAAAGUCUGUCUGGGGACACAUUCUCUUCGAACAGUAUGAAUUCUGAAAGUGGCACUCAGCCGUUGUUGGCUUCAGUAUUGGAUGCGAAGCCUAUCGAUAUGUUAACCGCUGAACUCGAGGCUGAAUCUGAUGUGUAUUUCAAACCAGUUGUGCACUUAGAGGAGGUGGAAGUUAAGACGGGAGAGGAUGAAGAGGACGUGUUGUUUGAGAUGAGGGCGAAGCUAUACAGAUACGCUGACGAUCAGUGGAAGGAGAGAGGCGUUGGCCCUGUUAAGUUGCUGAAACACAGACAGAGCGGUGUUGUGCGCUUUCUACUGAGAAGAGACACAACGUUCAAAGUAGCGGCCAAUCAUCGUAUUACCAGCAAUAUGCAACUCAACCCUGAUACAAACGUGCGCAUCUUCUCCUGGGUGGCUCCGUCGGAUUUCGUCGACGGUGUAAGUAGAAGACAGAUGUUCAAAGUACGUUUUAUUGAUGAUGAGACGGCGGAGAUCUUCAAAAUACUCUUUGAACAUAGCGUUCGGGCUGCCAAAGUUAUAAAAGAUACUGCGAAAGCCCAGAAAGACAGUGCUGAGCCAGGUUCUGAAGCUUUGAAUCAAUCGACUGAUACUCCUUGGUACGGAUCGAUACAAUGUACCGGUGCUCCUGACGAACAUAUUGAUAUCUCUUCUUGGAAGUUUACUUCAAAUACGGACACGGCAUCCAACCAGGACAAAGCCAGCGAGGCGAAAGCACCAUUCGUAUUCAAGUCGGAUGCCAAGACGACCGCAUCACCAGCCGACAACGUACCCAACUUGUCUCUGGGCACAUCCGCCGAUGGAGGUAACAUGAAUCUUCAUACAAAGGCUUUCACUUUCACUCAGCCAAGAGAUUUUUCUAGUACUGUAAAAGCUAAGGCUACCACAACACCGAGCGCGAGGAGCCCAGGACGCGCAUCUGGCCAAUCAAGUUUUGCAAAAGCUAAAAAGCUUAAUAAUGGCGGAAAGGAAACACAUGGCAAGUUCAAUAUAUUUUCGUUGCCCCAAUUAGUGGAGGAAAUGCACAUAUCCUCCGCAGCCUCACAGGAUCUAGUAGCGAGUGUACAGGCAAAGCUGAACAUGCAAAGGCUACGGGAGUACGAGAGGGAUAGUACAGUUCUGUUCAGUGGCGAGGCUACCCUUGAGAUGUUGGGGCCUGUGAUUGAGGGCUGGAAAACUUUCGGAAGUGGAAUUGUGCAGAUACUGGAACACGUAAAGAACGGUGUAGCACACUUGGUGUUCUAUAGGGGCGCGCGUGUAGCCUUCGGUUCUACUGAAGAUUCUGUUUCGAAUAGUCCACUUGUUUUCCAACAGAUUAACACUGAUCUCCAAUUGCAACCCCUGCACGUGAAGGAUGAUAAGCACGCUGUAGCUUGGGGCAAAGAAUGGAGCGAUGUGUUCGGCGAUACGUGCAAAGUGCGGUUGGACAACGAGCGUGCAUUGAAGUGCUUCGAGAGGCUCAUUGAUGUGCUCCGGAAGAAUCCACUUCUGAACCACGAUUCAGUGCAGCACGCCACCGUUGAUAGCGGAGCGGAAAUCAAUUCGAAGGAUGUGAGUGUGGAGUGUAAGACGGUUUCUCCGGCCAAUCAGGUAUUCAGGUGUCAGCGACGAGAACAUACUAUGCAGCUCAUCGCAUACAGUUCUCGCGAAACGUUCUGCACAUCUCGUUAUGCGCACAGCUCGAUCACAGACAUCCCUCUCCAGUCAGUACAAUUAGUGACCUCGACAGAUUCGGGCGAGAUGUGGGCUAAACUCCGUGAGACGAGCACGUUGUUCGCCAAGAUAGCCACUACACGCCCACUCUUCCUAUCCCAGGUAGCGAAUGCAUGUGCUGUAUUCAAGUCAACUUUGCGUCGCUGUAUGGCGUGUAUGCAGCGAGCUCUGGAUAUGUACCAGUCGAGUUUCGAUGUCAUGCAUGAGAAGACCCCGAUUGCAGUGGAGAAGGCCCUAUCAUUCAAGGCGGACUUCGAGGCCAAGCAGAUAGCGAUCAGUCAGUUGGCUGAGGUUCCAGUUGCUAUGGUGACGGAGAGGGACAUUCUGAGGACGAAUUGUGUGGCUAGUGUGCGAGAUGCUUUGGUGUGUGUAUCCGCAGCGAGGGAUAUGUAUGCUGGGUACGCUGCACUCCACGAGGAUUUACUGGUGUGCCGUGCCUGGCUGGAUAAGUGGACGUCUCAGACAUCAGGAGAGUCACUUUGGUGGGGUGCAGCUCCCGGAGCUUCACAGGCUGAGAAGGGGAAUGUAUUUGCAUCACACAUCAGGGAAGAGGGAGUGGAAGAUGGGGAUGCGACUACAUCAAGAUCCAACUUAAGUGGGCAACAUGUUACGAAUGAGUUGGGGCAUCUGGGCCCGACAUUUGAGUGCGGCAACGAAAGUACUACAUCGGCACUAGAUAAAGAUGAUGACACACUUGAUCACGUGACUGCGCAAUCGGUCCGUAGAGACACGACUGAAUCAAUGAGCGUCACAGACGAGGGGGUUGCACAGACUGAUAGCAAGAGUACCGGAUAUAGUUGCGAAUCACAUGACAAACCUAUGGAUGGGACAGGCUCUCGCACAAAUGCCGGCGUGCAGACAGAAGCUCGCGAAGAUGCAUGUGCAGCUGCGAGUGACCUAUCGGAGGCAUACAAAUCUGCUGGGGACCUAUCAAUGGUGGAGGAAGUGGCUAUCGGCCAAUCGAAAGCCAACGAUUUGGUUGGUGAUCAAUCGGAACCAGCGGAAGCUGCUGGUGAGCAGUCAGAGCUGGACAAAUCGGAGUCUGUAUGUUCAGAAGCAAGUGAUUUGGCCGAUACCCAAGGUGACGGAACAAGUAGUGCCAAAGAAGGAGCAGACAUACCAAAUGGUGACAUAUCGGCAGCAAUCACCUCAACUGAUGGUCAACUACAUGGUGCCGAAUCAGCACAUGGCAACCUAAAAGCGGACGGAAUAAGUAGUAACCAAUCCAAGGCAGAAAAAAUACCCAGGAAUCAAACACGCAGAUUCGAUGCCACCCGUCUCGAUGGUAUGUCGACAAAGUGCGCCACGGUGCUCGCAUGCGCCGAGGAUUGGCUCUCGAGAACGGAAUACGAAAUCCUGCAAGCGUCUACCGAUUCUGCGAUGGAGCGGUUGCGAACCUUUGUCGCCCCAUUGCUUUUCGACAGUGAUAACGACGCAGACAGACAAGCGCAUAUAACAUCGCUAGAGCAGACGUACCGCUGUGUUGUGGAUGAGCACAUGUAUAUUACUAACCCAGAUUCCAUCUUGCAUCUGGCGCCUUUAUUGGGUGUAAAGAAUGCGCUUGUGCCGUUACAGUACUUUGUAUCCGCUGGGUCUGCGCAGUCGCUGCAACUGGACAAACAGAUCGAUCAACUAGAGACCAUAUUGGCGAAGUACGUGCAGGGACUAGAACAGCCUGACCUACAUACCAUCAGGAAGUACCGAAAGUCUUUCCGAACACUGGAGAAACAGCGCAAGCAAAUGCAGUAUGAGAUUGACAUGUUGGAUUCCGACCAGGAGGACGAUGGUUUCGCAUCGGACGCCAAAGCUACCAUCAAUGCCAAGCGGCAAGAGUUGCAGGCGUGGGAUAUAGCGCAACGUACGUACCGAGCGGGACUAAUUGAGGGACUCUGCCGUCAUCGCACUGAAGCCUUGCGACAGGCUGAAGCCCAUUAUCCCGAGCUACUCAACAGCAAGGAGUUCAGACAGGCACUGGGCUUAGACGAGCACGAGAAGGUGUGUGCGCAGAUGGGUCUGUUGUGGGAAAAGUCGUCGCUAUCGGAUUACACGCCCGUGACAGACUUUUCCAGUGAGAUAGCCAAGACUGGAGGCCGCACAGUACAACGCAUGACCGGUCCACGAGGUGAGGAUGUGGUGAUCAAGUCGUUUGCUCUGGGGGAUCGUUCCAUGCGCAAGCAGUUCUUCCGCCAGUGCGAGUAUCUCGCUACGCUGAGCGACGUCAACCUGGUUAAGGUGUUGGGUGUGUUUGUGGAGAAGUCGUAUGGGCGUGUGGUCAUGCCGUAUUACUCGGGGAAAAGUCUGGAGGUAUGGCUGGACACACACAAACCAACCGCGCGUACAGUAGAGGAGUGCCAGCGCCUUGCAAGGGAGGUACUGACGGGUGUAGCGUCCUUGCAUGUGCGAGGGUUUGUGCACUGUGAUAUCAAGCCUGGUAAUGUGCUUCUGACACAGACGAAUCGGUGUGUGCUGAGUGACUUCGAUGGCGUGCUGAAGGUCGACGAACAGAGGGCGAGUAGUGGGGGUGGUGGACUGACAAAGUCCUUUAUGGGCACUAUGGGGUACUUGGCGCCGGAGUUGAAGGGGGAUAGUGCUGUACCCUUCGACCACAGGACAGACGCCUAUGCCGUGGGUAAGGUUGUGACCAAGUUAUUCGAUGAUGUGAGUAUACAGGAUGCGGAAUUGUUUGUGCAUAGAGACGACUUUAUCUCCCGUAUGACGCACGCAGAUAGAGAGUCGCGUAUGACGGUCACCGAGGCCAUCGACCACCCUUUCCUGGGUCUACCAUCUGAACAGACGUGCCAGUGUGUGGUGUGCAACGAUGUGUUCCGAGAGACCGAUGGCAUACGGUGUAGCAAAGGGCACUUCAACCAUUCCCAGUGCAUAGAGGGGUGGCUCAUAGCUCAGGCGGGUGCGGAGAACCACGCACAGAUGCGCAAAACCGGCGGACAAUUGCCUUGUAUGGGUCGAUACGGACAGCUGGCCUGCGACGAGUUGUUCCCUGUGAGUGCAUUUGUGAAGAAUGUGAGCGCAGACGCCUUCAAGGCCUACGAGGGGGUGGUGAAGAGCAUUACCGAGUCCUGUAUGCAGGAGGACUUUAAUAUCGAGCUACAGCGUGUGAAGGAAGACCUCGAGAACCAGUUUGCUGUCCAGGGCGAGCUGGAGCGACAAGUCCGGUACAUAGCAGACGACAUCCUCACCAUCAAAUGUCCACGUCAAGGGCAUGCGUUUAUUGACUUCACGGGAUGUUUUGCGCUAAAGUGUCAUGCGUGUGACUGUCACUUCUGUGCGUACUGUCUGCAGGAUUGCGGCAGAGACGCGCACGCGCACGUGAGGCAGUGUGCUAUGAAGCCGCCAGGGGCGGAUGAAUACUAUGGACAAUUGAGUACGUUUAAUAAACAAAUGCGUGACCGACGAAGAAAAUUGCUGAAGGCUCACUGGCAAACACUAACGCUGAAUGCCUCGGAUAAGGUCAAGCUCGCGGAGAAGAUCCAGCCACUGCUCGAUGCUUUGGAUCCCCCACAUGGCUCACUUUCGCAUAUUGUUUAGGGUCGUUAUUGCCCUAGGCUGUUGGGUGUACCAUUACAAAUACGCAUAUCGUUGACGC